AUGGCGUGUAUCAGGGCGCCAAGAUCCGUAUGCGGUUCUAUCGACGACAUCAAGGCUGAGUCCACGCGUAAUGUUGUGCAGAUUUAUACAGAUUGGGCUAAUUAUUAUUUGGAACGAGGAGGUUGCAAGAAAAGAGUGACCGAUCUCCAGGCUGAUCUCUGCGACGGUGUUCUUUUAGCUGAUUUAGUGGAGGCUGUCACUAAUCAAAAAGUGAUCGACGUAAAUCGAAAACCAAAAAGCGCCCAACAAAUGACAAAGUUCAUUCAGCAUUAA